CAGUAAUACGCCUGUGAAACUGUGAGACGCCUUCAGCAACUGACCGACUGCAGGACAAGCAAAGUCAGCUUCUGGAGGGACCUUAGGGGACACCUGUGGUGAUAAAGUUGUAAGAGUUGACACUAAGGUAGAAAUAUCAUGUGUGUAUCUCGGCUGGUUUUGCUGCUGGGGCUGCUUCUAUGUGUGGGGGCUCAGCUGUCCAACGCCCAGCACUGGUCCCAUGGUUGGUACCCCGGAGGCAAGAGGGAGCUGGACUCUUUCAGCACGUCAGAGAUUUCAGAGGAGAUUAAGCUGUGCGAGGCAGGGGAAUGCAGCUACUUGAGACCCCAGAGGAGGAGCAUUCUCAAAAACAUUCUUUUGGAUGCCAUAGCUAGAGAGCUCCAGAAGAGAAAGUGACAUCUUUCCAGCCUACACUGCUUUUCUACCUAGUGACCCUCUUCAUCAGUGCCCUUGUCUUGAUGUGAAACUACUUUAUCUUUAUCCUCUGAUCUUGUCUAUUUGUUAUAUUUAUCAGUAUGUUUUCCAGCAUUACAUGGAUUUUCCCUGUGGCACACAAAUAUUGAAAUUAUAAUGCCUCGUAAUAAAUUAUCUAUUUUGAUAUUAAC